CCGGGAGCGACUUGGAGGGGAAACAGGAUUCACAUGGCCUUUUCCUUCAAAACUAAGCAGUGCAACACCAUCCUGUGAGCUGUGAAACCACAGCCUAUGCUGAUUUCCGGAGCUAACUACAAAGGAUCAAAAACUCAAAGAACUGCUUCAACAUGGUACCAACUGGUACCACUGGUACCAGCAUGGAAGUUGCCGACAUUAUCGUUGUGGCAGCCUACUUCGUCCUGGUGUUAGCGAUCGGUUUCCUUGCAAUGUGGAAAGCCAAUAGGAGCACAGUGAGUGGCUACUUCCUCGCUGGUCGCUCCAUGAACUGGGCAGCUGUGGGGGCUUCUCUCUUUGUCAGCAACAUAGGAAGUGAGCACUUCAUUGGAUUAGCUGGAUCCGGUGCUGCUAGCGGUCUGAGCGUGGCUGCAUGGGAACUCAAUGCUGUAUUGCUGCUUCAGAUUUUAGGCUGGAUGUUCAUUCCUGUCUAUAUACAGUGUGGAGUCUACACCAUGCCAGAGUACCUGUCCAAGCGAUACGGCGGGAAGCGACUGAAGGUGUAUUUUGCUGCUUUAUCUCUUGUCCUCUACAUCUUCACCAAGCUGUCUGUGGAUCUAUAUUCGGGAGCCUUGUUCAUCAAGGAAUCCUUAGGUUGGAACCUCUAUCUGUCCAUCAUCCUCCUCAUUACUAUCACGGCGUUGCUGACUGUCUCCGGAGGUCUAGUUGCUGUUAUCUACACAGACAUGCUCCAGGCAGUCCUCAUGAUUGCUGGGGCUCUCUGCCUUACAGGCAUCAGCCUCUUCAAAGUGGGAGGGCUUGAAGGUCUGAGGCUCAGUUACAUGCAGGCCACUCCAAACAUCAGUGCCAUCCUGCUGUCUUCACCCAAUCUGACGUAUUCUGAAUCCUGCCAUCACCACGUCACUCCGAAGCCAGCUGCUCUGAAGAUCCUCCGAGGGGCCAAGGAUCCAGACCUACCGUGGCCUGGUUUCUUACUGGGCCAGACACCUGCCUCUAUUUGGUACUGGUGUGCAGAUCAGGUGAUUGUCCAGCGGGUUCUGGCAGCAAAGAAUAUUGCUCAUGCCAAAGGGUCAACCAUCAUGGCCGGCUUCCUCAAAAUCCUGCCUAUGUUUAUCAUUGUCAUCCCAGGGAUGAUUUCCAGGAUCUUAUUUGCUGAUGACCUGGCAUGCAUCAGUCCUGAGCACUGCAUGGAAGUGUGUGGCUCUGCAGCUGGCUGCAGCAAUGUAGCGUAUCCGAGGCUCGUCAUGACAGUGAUGCCCGUCGGUCUCCGCGGGUUGAUGAUGGCUGUUAUGAUUGCAGCUCUAAUGAGCGACUUGGAUUCUAUUUUCAAUUCUGCAAGCACCAUAUUCACUCUAGAUAUUUACAAGAUGCUACGAACGCGGGCGUCGUCCAGAGAGCUGAUGAUAGUUGGGAGACUGUUUGUUGUUUUCAUGGUGAUCAUCAGCAUCGCCUGGGUGCCUGUGAUCAUCGAAAUGCAGGGAGGCCAAAUGUUCUAUUACAUCCAAGAAGUAUCAGAUUAUUUGACUCCACCCAUAGCUGCUCUCUUCCUGCUUGGUAUACUCUGGCGUCGCUGUAAUGAGACAGGUGCCUUCUGGGGUGGAAUGGUAGGGCUUUUCCUUGGAGCACUGCGUUUGGCUUUGGCGUUUGUUUACCGUGAGCCACACUGCAACCAGCCUGAUGAGCGUCCAUCUUUCAUCAAAGAUAUCCAUUUCAUGUAUGUGGCAGCCAUCUUGUUUUGGGUGUCAACCCUGGUGGCUGUCGUUGUUAGUCUCUGCACUCCUCCACCCAGAAAGGGACAAAUUAGAACCACUACUUUCUGGGGACUAAACCAGAGAAAGGAGCGAAAAAAUCAAGGAAAUGAGAAAGCUGGAGAAGAGGUCAAUAUACUGAAACCUCUAAACCACGCAGCCUUAAAUGGAAAUGGUGUUCUUCAUGAGGAAAUGUGUCACGACCACCCAAACAAGCUCAAUGACACUGAGGUAAAUCUUGAAAACUGUAACAUAAGCAAUGGUAAUAAUAUCACAGCCACUGACACAGAAACAGUCCCUUCAGUCCAGAAUGGUGGCUGUGCUCUGAUUUCUGACAAAGAAACAAAAGGAGUGAGGCAUGUUGAGGUGGAAGAGGAAGAUGAGAGCUGUGUUGGAGAAGAAGCAAAGCUAGAUGGUGGACGUUGUAUGAAGGUUUUGGAUUGGUUUUGUGGCUUCAAGGAGGGCUCGUCCAAAGCUCAGGUCAUUACAGUUCAGGAACAGGAGAAGAUGGUGGAUGAGCUUCUCUAUGAACCUCCAAUAACCAGAAUCAUCUUAAACGUAGCACUGGUGGUGGUUUGCUCUAUUGGGAUCUUUCUCUUUGUUUAUUUCUCCAUAUAAGUUCAGCUGCUUCCAAGCAGAGAGCCACAUUUGUCAGUAAACACAUCUUAGAAAAACAGAGCAGGCAUGUUUGAUACAGUAGACUGACCAUUACACAAAUUAACAAACCACAGCUGAAAUAUACAAAAGGCAUGUGGUUAACGUAUUUUGGAUGUUAUUCAAUAUCCAAAAUAUACCUUUUGUUUGAGGUGUACUAAUCCAUUUAGGAUACAUGUUGUGAAUUUUUUUUUUUGGCAGUCAUUUGUUCAAUCUUAGUAGAGGUUCUCUGACUCCUGCCUUUGGGAGAUGAAUUCAAAUAUUUGGAGGCAGUACAGCACCAAAUACUGGCAUUGUGGUGGUGGUAAUUAACGACAGUCACCCCAAAAACUGGGGGAACUCACAUUCAUGGACAUUUUUUCAGAUUUUAUUGCUAAUCCAUCCAUGUCUGAAUUGCACUUUAAUGGCUAGCAAGACAUCCGCUCAGGUCGUAGCUGCAGAGGGCAUUUGAUACGGGUUUGGGUAAACGUGGUAGCGUUGGGUCCUGUUGGGUCCUAGCGUUGGUGCUAGCGCUGUGAUACUGUUUAGAAUUUCUUGUGCUUUGUCUUUUUAAAAGCAAACAUGAUAUUUUAUUUAAAGGAAAUAUUUUGAUUGCACAAAAAAGUUGGUAACGGGUUAAGGGGUGGGGCGCUCAGGUGUGGGGGCAGCGGUUCUUACGGGGGACUGGUUGGUCCUGGACUUGGGACCACUGUGUUUGUGUAUGUGUGUGGAUAGGAUGUUUGUUGUUGUUGUCUUUUGAGUGUGGGCGUGUUGUUUGUUGUCGUCUUUUUGUGUGUGUGUGUGUGUAUGUGUGGGUGUAGGUGUGUGUGUAGGUAUGCAUGUUUGUGUCUGUCUACGGUGUGGGUGGUGGGUGCUGGCCUUGGGCACGGCGGUGCCCUGGGGGUGUGGCCACUGCAGGCCCUGGACCUGCCUUCCCUGCCCUGCGGUUGGGUGUAGGAAACCUGGGUGUCCAAUGAGCCAGUAUUUAGCUGGCUCUCUUCCUCCGGGGGUAGUCACUACUCCCGGUCAUAUGUAUCCUGGCCCUUCCCCUCCUCCUAUUCAAUCAACAACACAACACACACGUAGGGUCUGGGGGGGGGCAGGGGGGUCAUUGCAUGAUGUCCCACCCCCCCUUUUUUAAUUACACCGUACAGCUCACAGAACGUCAUAGUACACAUAGGGCCUUGGGGGGCAGGUGUAUCACACCGUGGCUAGUGGGUGGAGCCGCUGAAGUGGCUCCACUUAUUUGUUCGCUGUUGCCUGCUCCUCAAUUUUAUCUACAUCUUAGAUAUUGAGGGCCUUGGGGGGAUGGUGUGGAUGGGCGCUGUUGUCCAGUGCACAUGUUACAUCUGUCCCCCCAAUUUUAAUAGCACUAUAGCUUUCAUACAGUCAUGUACAUUCAUUCAUACAUGCAUCCACAUAGACCUAACAUAUCA